AGAUAAAGAUGGGUUCUGGCGAACCCGAGUUUGUAGUUGUGGAUUCUUUAUGUGGGUUGACGAACGGAACAGUUGGAGAAUUAAGAAAUUGUUUGGGGGACUUGGGAAGUGUUACUUUGGAAUUACUUGAUGAGUAUAGAUUCUGUGAGGGGUAUGAAAAUGGUGUUAUUGACCCAGCUUCUUCGCGGGAAGCGGGCUGCCAAUUACUUAGUUAUAAUGAGGACAGCAUAGGUCGUCCUGUUACUGAACAGCUCUCCUACGCUGGAGUGGCUUGCCCUUUAUCUAAUAGCAACGGGGGCAUCACUAGUCCAGUGGAUGGAUCCUGUGCUUAUUCUCAAAAUAAAUUUAGUGCUAAUUUAGUAGAUUCCAGUAUUGGAUUGGAGGCAUCUAUAUCUAUGAGAGAUGAUUCAUGUAGUCCGGGGGUUUCAGAACGACAGCGAAAGCUGCAGGAGGAAUGUGAAUUUCCUUCAUCUAAUGCUGAUGGGGACACCACAAGCCCAGUAGAUGGCUGUCCUGCUUCUUCUCAAAAGUUUGGUGCUAAUUUAGUAGACCCCAGUGUUGGUUCAGAGGUAUCUAUUUCUGGGACGGAUGAUUCAUGUAAUCAGCAACUAGAUACCGAUGGUUCUACACUAGAACAAAAGCAGCAGGAUGAAUGUGGGUUUCUUUUAUCUAAUACUAACUGGGACGCCACAAUCCCAGUGGAUUGGUGUCCUGCUUCUUCUCAAAAAUUUGGUGCUGGUUCAGUAGACUCUGGAUUUGGCCUGGAGGUAUCUACUUUUAGGAGGAAUGCUUCAUGGAAUUUGCAGCAAGAUCUGGAUUUAGUAGAGCUAGAGAAAAAACUGCAAGAAUGUGAGUUCCUUUUAUCUAAUACUAAAGGGGAUACCAUAAGCCCAGUGAGUGUUUGUCCUGCUUCUUCUGAAAACUUUGAUGCUAAUUCAGUCAACUCUGGAGUUGGUCUGGAGGUGUCUAUUUCUGGGAGGGAUGGUUCACUGGACGGGCAGCAAGAUAUGGGUGUUUUGGUACACGAGCAAAAGAUCCAGGAUGAAUGUGAGUCUAGUGGGCUUUGCUCUACCAAGAGUGACCAGGUCAAGCAAUUAUGCUGGCUGGGAGCUCUAGGAUCAUAUUUGGAAAUUGAAGGACCACACAAUGAGGAUGAAGUGGGAAAACCCGUAGAGAAGGAAGAGAUAUCAUUGGCCACGGAUCCCUUGACUUUUUCUCAGAGUAAAAGCAGCCAGUGUGCAGAGCAGAAGGUUCCUGGGGAUGUCGAUGGUUUCUCAGUGGAAGGAGACGGCAGCUUACAGGAGUUUAUGGAAGAGAACUGUGAUGCUAUAAGAAGGAUAUCGGGUAGCCUGAGCACCCAACCAUCACUAAAUGAAGAAAAUACCAGCAAUUUGUUGGAAAGGUCAUCUAAUGUAAGUGUUCUCUCAGAGGAAGCUGUUACUGACUCAAAGGAGGUUGUGGAACAGAAAUGUUAUUCCUUGGCCAGGACUUCGGCCAACCUGAGCUCCCAAGCAUUGCAUAUCGAAGAAAAUAUUUGCAAUUUAAUGCAACAGUUACUCGACAUGGCUUCUGAAUUUUCUGGUGAAGAAUCAACUUCGCUCCAAUCUCCAUUGCCCCUUGACGUUGUGGAUAAUGACUCUUCUAAACGAUAUGCUAAGCCAGAUCUUCAGGAAAGUGAUGCUUUUAAUAGUGCUCUGACAUGCAGCAGCAUGGUUGACUCAAUUGAUGGUGCAGAUUGUGAAGGAAAGGCUAAUGAUAAGAGUUAUGCUUCAGAAUCCAACUGUCCUGACGAUGUGCGCGUGCUCCCUCGGAGGAGUACUCGUGUAAGCAAACUGAAUCAGAUGAAUGAGGCAAAAAAGGCUGCAAGCCAGUUCAGUAAAAAAGUUAAUAGUUUAUCGCUCCCUCAAAGAGCCAUUGGGAUCUCCUUCAAGAUAGUAAGAAGGAAAAGAAGCUCUCUCUGCAAACUUGCACGUUCUUCUACGUGGGGAGAGUUAGGAAACAUUAUGGAGGUGUUCAAACAGAAUGAUGGGAUCCUGAAGCACAAUUCUGAUUUAAUUCAAGCUCAAACCCAUGGAUCUUGGAAAACUAGGGGUUGCCAAGGAAGCAGAAAGUGGAAGAAGUCUCGGGCAGCUAGAAAUUCACAAGAACCAAAAGGAAAAUCUAAUGCUUCAAUUGGUUGUGUUCGUUUGAAAAUUAAAAUUGGAAAAGAAUUGGAUCAAAAUAAUUUGAAGGUUGUGCUACCUGAGGGGGAUGGUUCUUCAACAUAUGUGGAAACUAUGAUAAAUGAAUGUCUGUCUGAGUCAAAUUGCAGAACCAGCAUAGAAAUCCCACAAGUAGCCAAUGAUGUGGAAAUGAAACAUAAGCUGGGGGAAGAUGUUCAGCCUCCCAAUGGAAGUCUGGAAAAGCCAGGGACACCAGUAGAUGUUUCUGUUCUGGAUGCACAUCUUGCAGAUGAGGACCUGGCGAUCAUUGGGACACAAGCCAUAUCAGUGGGAAACAGCUCAGGUGAUUGCCAUGGAGUUUCCUCUCAGAUAGGGACUGAAUCAUUGGGAAAAGCAACUAUGAAUAAGGACUUAAAUCCUGAUACGUCGCCUCAUUCAGAAGUGAUCAGUGUGAUUCAGGAUGUCCAAGUUGGUGCAGGAAUGCAAAUGGACCUACAGGCUGCUGGUUUUGAUUCUGCCCAAGCUGUUGUUCCUGCAGAAAAUGUUAUGAAUUCCAACAUGCUCCUUAUGAAGGCAAAGAAAGGAAAAAGAAAUGGUAAAGUUAAGGGAAGUCAAAAUCCUGUUGGAGGAUGCUGUGUACAGGAUGAAAUUGUGUGUGGUCCAACAAGCUCGAACAAGACUAAAAAAUUGUCAAAACGGCGAUCACAACAGAAAGUGGGGGAUGGGCCGGAUGACUUUAACCCCAGGGAGGCUAUUCUUUCAGCAACUAGCCAGCCCAGCAACAAUUCAAGUAAGGAGGGGUUUGUCAGACAAUCCUUCCCAUUGUCAGGGCUGGUUGAACUUGGGGUUUGUCAUGAAGCUUUGAAAGCAGAAACUGGUAUCCAAUCCUGUGAAUUACCCAGUCAUGAUGUCAGGAAUAAACCAGAAACAUGGACUUCUGAAUUGUCUGCUUCUAAAACUAAAGGGCAUAAACUUUCUAGAACUUCCAAAUCCACUGCAGGGGUAGGGAUAAAUCAUUCUAGUGUCUCAGAUUCAGCAAGGCGAGGGAGAAAAAAAGCUCGUGAGAAGGAUUAUGAUCUGGAGAAGUCAUCUAGAAAGGGCAGAGCCAAGGAGGAGGAAUUUUCAAAUGUUGAUGUCGGCCAGCAGGAAAAUCACCCUGAAAUAGGUGGGAGCAUUAAUGUCUCUGUGAUGAUGGAAAAGGAUUCAGUGACUAGUGGACCUACUGAAUUAAGCGAAUUUAAUCUAGUAGCUAAUGAGACCAGCUGCAAUCCAGUAAGAAACAAUGCUGGCAAUAACGUUCCACCAGAGAGUAUCUCUUGCUUGAAUGCUGUAUUCAAUGGGUUUGAGGAGCAGACUUUACCACCACGGAUUGCAUGGGUGUGCUGUGAUGAUUGCCGUAAAUGGAGGUGUAUAUCAGCUGCACUUGCCGAUUACAUAGAAGAGACGAAUUGCAAGUGGAUUUGCAAGGACAAUGAAGACACGGCAUUCGCAGGCUGUGCAAUUCCUCAGGAGAAGUCAAAUGCAGAGAUUAAUGCUGAGUUGGAACUGUCAGAUGCCUCUUGUGAAGAAGAUGCUUAUGACAGACGCCCAAAUUACAAGGCAUUUGAACGCAAGCAGCCAACAGUUCCUCGAGAGGCAACUUGGAAAGUUAUCAAGUCUAAUUUGUUUCUGCACCGUAGCCGUAAAACCCAAACCAUUGAUGAGAUAAUGGUAUGCCAUUGCAAACCUCCUCCAGAUGGCAGCUUGGGUUGUGGAGAUGAAUGCCUCAAUCGAAUCCUCAACAUUGAAUGUGUUAAGGGGACCUGCCCAUGUGGGAACCUUUGCUCAAACCAACAGUUCCAAAAAUACAAAUAUUCAAAAUUUAAGUGGUUCCGUUGUGGAAAAAAGGGAUAUGGGCUGCAGUUGCUGGAAGAUGUUUCUGAUGGACAAUUUCUCAUUGAAUAUGUUGGAGAGGUGCUUGAUUUACAUGCUUAUGAAGCACGACAAAGGACGUAUGCUUCUCAAGGGCAAAAGCACUUCUACUUCAUGACAUUGAAUGGCAGUGAGAUCAUAGAUGCAUGUGCUAAAGGGAAUUUGGGGCGUUUUAUUAACCAUAGUUGUGAACCUAAUUGCCGUACAGAAAAGUGGAUGGUGAAUGGGGAAGUUUGUAUUGGACUAUUCGCAAUAAGGGAUAUUAAGAAGGGUGAAGAGGUAACAUUUGACUAUAACUAUGUACGGGUAUAUGGUGCCGCUGCAAAAAAAUGUGUUUGUGGGUCUUCUCUAUGCCGGGGCUAUAUUGGAGGGGAUCCAUUGAAUGCUGAAACAAUUGUUCAAGGUGAUUCAGAUGAAGAAUUUCCAGAACCUGUAAUGAUUGGUGAGGACGGCUGCAAUGAGGAUAACAUGGAUGGAAUAAUUUCGGCUACCAGUUGUGUUGAUGGUCCUGCAACACAAUUUGCAAAGGUUCCUUUGCAAGCUGGAGAUAUCAAAUCAGAACUUGCAACAGUGGGGUCAAAUGUUUCAUUAGAAAAGGAAGAUACCCUGGGUGCAUCCUUACCUUCAGCCCAACCAUCAUCAUCAGUAUUCUCUUUGAAAAUGGAAGACGGUUUGAGCAAAUCAACUUCUUCUGCACCAUCAGAGAUUUCUGUACCAAGAGAUGAUGGAAUGAGAAAAACCUCAUCUUCCAUUCAAUUGGUUGAGGUUUCUUUACACAAGGAAGAUACUUCAAAUAAAUCUUCAUGUAAAGUUCAAACAGUAGAGACUUCAUCCUCAACUGCAAACACUGUAAAGAAACAUAUGGUCAAUUCAGUUGGUAUCAAGAAGUCCAGAUCUGACACAGUUGAGGAUAAGACCAAUAUUUCAAAAUCACGUCCUCGUGUGAAAGCAUCUUGGUCAGCUAGGUCAAUGAAAAAAGGAAAGAGCACACCUCAUCCUAUGAUCACCAAUAAAACUCAGGUCAUGCCCAAACCCAAGAAACAGGUGGACGGUGCUAUUCGAAGUCGUUUCGAAGGAGUUGAAGAGAAACUCAAUGAGUUCCUAGAUGAUGAAAGGGGAAUAAGCAAACGAAAAGAUGCAAGCAAAGGCUACUUAAAGCUUUUGGUCCUCACUGCAGCUACAGGAGAUAAUGGAAAUGGCGAAGCAUUUCAGAGUGCUCGAGAUCUUUCAAUCAUUCUUGAUGCGCUUAUGAAAACAAAAUCACGGACAGUUUUGACUGACAUAAUCAACAAAAAUGGUUUGCAGAUGCUGCACAAUAUAUUAAAGCAGAACAGGAGGGACUUCAACAAAAUUCCUAUUCUUCGAAAGCUUCUUAAGGUAUUAGAGUUUCUUGCGCUGAAGGGAAUCCUUAACUUAGAACACAUUAAUGGAGGCCCACCUCAUCCUGGAAUGGAAAGCUUUACGGACUCAAUACUUACACUGACAAGACAUUCUGAUGUACAGGUUCAUCAAAUUGCAAGAGCCUUCCGAGAUAGAUGGAUUCCCCGUUACAGCAGAAGGAUUAGCUACUUUGACAGAGAUGAUAGCAAGCUGGAGCCCCAUAGCGGGCCGAAUAGCAAUUGGUUUGCAUCAUCAUACAAAGGUUGGCAUGAUCAUGGUCUGAGACCUUCAGAAGUAAUUAAUUGCAUCAGUCCAGCAACAGUUGCACCAACUCCUGUCGAAACUAAUACCCAGGAGGGCAGUUCUGCACCUCCUGUUGGCAGCUGUCCAGCUAGUGGGACAAGGAAACCCAAACGUAAAAGUCGCUGGGAUCAGCCUGCAGAGAUGAAAGACAAUCCACCACCUCAGCAUAGUGAAGGGAAAUUUGAGCCAAGCUCAGGACAGGAAAUGGAUCCAAGCCCACAGAAGCUUGAGAUCAGUGAGACAGUGCAGGACCAGUUAAUCGAUGUUAACAAAGAAAAGAACGCAUGCAAUGUAUGUGUUCAAAAUCUUCCUCAGCAAGAUGAAGCUACUACUAUGGUUGAUGCAGUGCAGAACAUCCCAGAUGUGCCACCUGGCUUUCCAUCUCGUCCUAAUGGUCCAGCAGGUCCAUCCAAUGUUGGUACAGCUGAUACUGUCAGUCUUUUCCCACAAAUUGCUAGCCCUUCAAGCUGUGGUUUUGAAGUGAAUACGACACAUCCACAGGAGAGGUUCCUUCCUUGCUUGCAUGUGUCAUAUGGUAUACCAUUCCACCUUGUGCAGCAGUUGGGAACGCUCCAGACAGGAACUAUUGACUGUUGGUCAAUUGCACCCGGUGUUACUUUCCAUCCCUUCCCGCCGUUACCUCCAUAUCCCCGUGAGAAAAGCAAUCCUCUAUCCUCACCAUCUUCUCCUGAUCCUAUGGUGGUGGAUGGACAUGGAGGAGUCCAACAGCCCAGCCACCGUGUGGCAGCCCAUAACAUGGAUCGAAGCAUUCCGAGUAUAUCAGGGGCUAGACCAGAUGGGUCAGUUACCAGAGAAAAUAACCAGGAUGAUCGAGUGAAUGAUUCAUCGUAUGGCUUUGGGAGGAGGAACUCCAGGCAGCAGAUGUGGAAUGAACAUGUUACCCCAAGGCUUCCCUGGAGAAGGAAUAAUUGGGGGUUCAAGGGGAACAACUCAAGAAACAGAGUGUGCAGUGUAGGAGUAGGACAUGUAGGAAAUGAGAUUCGGGGCCAUUGUUCACAAGGUGUAAACAAUGGAAGCGAGGAUGUUUGCUCUUCUUUCCAUCAACAUACGCAACACCAAUAUCAGCAUUGAACGAAAGCUGUGAGAAUCCCUAGUCUUUCCUCUCUUCCCUUUCUUUUUAUUUUAAUUCUUUAUUAAACAGGCUCUAUAGUCAAUGCAUAUACCCAAUUCAAUUCAAUUUCUUCAAUUUCUAAACCAACAGCUGAGACCUGAGAGCAA